AUGCAUGGAUCUAUUCAUGUUGUCCAAGUUUUUGUUUUGGGAUAUUUUCUUGUGGUGGACGCCGUUGAUAAUCACUUCUUCACUGACCUAUGGGCUGUGCAUAUCCAGGGAGGUGAGGAGAUCGCACGAACUGUGGCCUCCCGAAAUGAUUUUGUUUACAUGGGACAGAUUAUGCCAGAUUACUACCAUUUCCAGCACCGAAAGGUGGCUAAGCGGUCAGUGUUUGCCAGCAAUCAUUACCACAAAUCUUUAGCAGAAGAUAGCGAAGUAUUAUGGGUUGAGCAGCAAGUGGCCAAGAGCAGGAAAAAACGGAGUAUACACUUUAAUGACCCCAAAUGGCCAAUUAUGUGGUACCUG